AUGGCUUGCCCCUACACAGUCCGUCGCAUCCGCCGGGUCCUGAACGCGAAGGCAUUUACCAACAUGCUCGGGCUCAAGGUGACAGGCAACGUCGGAGGGGAUGACGAUGACUACACGCGAGAGACGAGGGAGAGAGCGAGAGAGCGCGCAAAAGCGCGAAGAAGCGAAAGGGGUGUCGACCGAGAGGCAACCGCGGAGGAUACGCGGCUGCAAGGCUCGCAGCAAGUCCAGUGUACCGGACUAUGGUAG